AUCGCAGCAAGUGUCGCUGUCAUGGAAGCUAAAACGUGGUGUUUAUUACUUCGAACAAAUAUUACUGGAUUUUGACGGAUUUUUGAGUGAAAAUGGAGACUAAAGCGGAGAAACAUAAGCGGUUUAUCUGCUCGUUUCAGGGUUGUUUCGCUGCGUAUAACAAACAGUGGAAAUUAGAUGCACAUUUAUGUAAACACACGGGAGUGAAGCCGCACACGUGUGGAUACCAGGGCUGCGGUAAGUCCUUCUGCAGCCCGUACCAUUUGGCGCGUCACGAGUUGAUCCACAGUGGAGACAAGCCGUUCCCCUGCACUGAGGAGGGCUGCAGCGAAGCAUUCACCACAAACUCUAACCGUCUCCGCCAUAUCGACCGAUUCCAUCGUGACACACAAGAGCCACGAUUGUAUGUCUGCAAGUUUGAGGACUGUGGACUCAGAUUCAAGAAGAACAAACAACUCAAGUCCCACAUGUGUGAACAACAUGAGAAAUUACCGCCGUAUCAAUGUACUUUUGAAGGUUGUACGAUGAGAUUCACCUUCCCGAGUAAACUGAAGCGUCAUGAGAAGGUUCACAGAGGUUAUCCGUGUGUGGAGGAGGGCUGUGCGUUUGUGGGGAAGACAUGGACAGAGUAUACGGCUCACAGGAGGGGGCAGCACCGAGCACGUUUCAGCUGUGAGGAGUGUUCUAGAAACUUCAAAGACCAGUCCAGUCUGAAUCUGCACCGGCGCAUUCACAGUGACACACGUCUAGUGCUCAAAUGCUCCCGAGGCGACUGCGACCGCACCUUCACCACAGCCUUUAAUCUCCAGAGCCAUAUAUGGUCCUUCCACGAGGAGAUUCGUCCCUUUACUUGUCCUCACCCGGGUUGUGGCCGAAGCUUCUCCAUGAAGCAGAGUUUGACGCGUCACGGAGUCAUACACGACCCUGAGAGGAAGAAGAUCCGGAAAGCUCCAAAUAAGCGGUCUCUUGCCUCAAGGCUAAGUGGAUUCGAGGACAAAAAGACCUCUGCCAAAACCAGUCUAAACCCAGUCCAGAACAGGCCUGGUCCUAGUCCUGACUUAGAUCCUGGUCUAAAUCCUGAUCCCAGAGUCAAGAGUCCCAGUCUUCCAAAUCCUGUCCCAAAUCCCGGUCUUAAUCCCAGUCCAGUGCAGAAUCCUCAUCCGGUCCAGACUUUGGUUCAGUUCCAGGAAUUAAUUUUUGACCCAAAUAAUGGACUAAACCCUUCAGGCCAGUCUCUGGUGCAGGAUCAUAGUCCCAAUUUAGUCCAGGACUCUGUGGAGCUGGUCUCUCUCCUGCAGGACACCUCUUUACUGUGUGAGACUCAUGUCAGUAACGCCCUCAGCGCCUCUGUCACUGCCUGAACUGAAAACAGGAACUUUAUUUUGAAAUAUCCAAGAAUAAUGGAUAAUUUGGAAAUUUUGAAAAUGCAGUGUUUCUGUUAUUGAGGGGGUUCUUGAUGCCC